AUGUCAUCAAUAGAAUAUGAUUUAGACACAUCGGGAGGCUUGAUGCCCCAAAUUCAAGCCUUAAUAGCUCCUCCGGUCAGUGACGAUUGUUCAAAAGUUAAAAAAAAGGAAGGAAAAGAAUUGCAUCCGUACUAUAAGCGUCCUGGCAAAGGCCAUAACCACGAUUCCUGUGAUUCCUGCGGUGAAGGAGGAAAUUUACUUUGCUGCGAUAAAUGUCCUGCCUCGUUUCACCUUCAAUGUCAUGAUCCUCCUUUGGAAGAAGAUGAUAUACCGAUUGGGCAGUGGUUAUGUCACUCUUGCAAAGUUGCAGCUGCGAAAGCAGAUGGAAUACCUGUAAGAGAAAUAAAAUUUCAUAAGUCUGAAGUAAUAACUAAGCCUAAAAAUGAAGUAGAUUUAUCAAAUAUUAGUCCAAAUGCUUUGCCAAAAAAUGAGUCAGAGGUUCGUGGACGAUUGAGAAGCAGAAAAGAUAGUGUUUCAUCUGGUUUGUUGAAAACAUCAAAAAAAGGGAAGGCAGCAGGAAAUGAUAAAAAGAGAAAAAAUGAUGAUAAGAAAGAUACUUCGGAAGAUGAAGAUGAGGAUGACAUUAAUAAUGCUGAAAAUGAUGAUGAAGGAAAAUUGAAAAAAAUUAAAAAAAAAUGCUCUGAUAAUUGUGUCGAGAAUGAAGUAAACUUUAUGACACCUAUGGACUUAUUAAUAGAGGCAGCAAUUGAAAGCAACCCAAAGCAAUAUGAUCUACCCAAAGAGUUGACUAUAAGCAUGCCUUUUCCAGGAUCUGAAAAAGCGGGUAAUGGCGUUGGUCCUGGUAAAAUUACUUCAAGGCGUAAUUCAUCGGCCAAAAAAAAGCCAUAUGAAUUAGAUAAUGGAAUGGUGCCACUUCCAGUUAAAGUUUGUUAUGAAUGUCAUAGAAGUUGCAGAGUUGCUCCUUUAGUUUCAUGUGAUUAUUGCAGUUUGUUAUUUCAUUUAGAUUGUUUAGAUCCUCCUUUAGCAUCAAUGCCGACUGGAAAAUGGAUGUGUCCUAAUCAUCCGCAGCAUUAUAUUGAUACAAAACUCUUAACGUCUGUUAGUUUAACAGAAAGGGUUAAAUUAUGGGAAAAGUAUUCUGGACCAAUAGAUCAAGAUGCUGUAAAAUUGGAAUUCAUUCGUAAAGUUAGACGAAAAAAUCCUCCGUUUCGAUUUAAAGUUAAACUUCCUCCGAGAAAUAAAAUUCGGGUACCCGACGCCAUUAAACAACAAUAUGCUUGUCCGCAACCUUUAGUGCCAUCACUAAAAGAAGUUCUUAGAGUAGAAAAAAUUUCAAGCCUAGAAGAACAUGCCACGGCUGUGGAACAGGAAGAGUGGCUUUCAAGCAUUAUAGCCAUGCAGUCUAGUAUAGCAUGCCAUCUUGCCUUUCAAAAACAAAAAAAACUACAACAGACUCCAAUAGAAAACGAUGUAACUACAAAAUCAAAACAAAGUGACAUAUCUCAAACGGAAGCGCAGGUUAAAACAAACGAUAUCGUCGAACUUACAAUAGAGAGACAAAUGAGUGAUAAACCAAAAAUAAAAUCUAAAUCUUCCAAUGAAGUGAUCAACGGAAACAUAACGGUACAAAGUCAUAAGGGGACACCCUCGGCAAAGCCUAAAGAAACGGUUGAAAAAAUGAUGGAGAAAAUGUUUAGCGACGUGACGACUUCCGUUUCGCCCAGGAAAACAGAUUUUACGGGAAGUAAAACAUUAGAGAGUUUACUAAGGGAAUCAUCGUCGGAAAAAACAAAGAAAAUAAUCAUCAACGGUCCAAUACCGAAAGAUGCUAAAAUAAUACUUCAUCAAAACGGUGAAAUGAGGUUAAAAAUAAAGGAAGAUCAGAAUUUAAAAACUUUCGAGCCUAGAAUUAAAAUAUCGGAUCAGAAGCAGCAUCAGCAGCAACAACAACAACAUCAGCAAAAUUCUAAUUCGAUAGAUGCAAAAGUUUUAGAAAACCUCAAUUCACAACUGAAUUAUUUACUAUCGACUUCAGCGGGAAAAGAAUUAGCAGAAGAAUUGAGUAAAAUUGAUUCAAAACUCGUUAACCUUCUCGCCUUUCAAAGAAUUCAACAAUUGUUACCCUCUACCGUUGGCAUGAAUAAUUUAAAAAAUUCAUCAAAGAUUUCACCGACGUUAUCGCAUUAUACAAUUGAAAACGAAAGCCAAAGAUUGAGACUAGAAGAAUCAUCAGAGUCUGACGCGAAGCAAGAAGGAGCGGAAAAGGAUAAUAAGAAAAAAAACACCGUUUUCGGAGCGUACGAAAAAAACUUAUCGCUUAAAAACGGGGUUUUAUUAUCGAAUAAGCAAUAUGUUGCCAUUAAAGACUGUAACGCAGAGUUGAGCCUGCAAGAAAUCAGUCCGAACAAUGUUAAUCCAUCAUUGAAAGCGGUUAAAGACGUGUCGCAAGUAAAAAUAAGUGAUUUUCUAAGGAAGGAAUUCGAUCGAAGUCACGUCGAGAUACAAGCGAGAGCCAUAUUGACUCCUUUGAAUACAAAAGAUUUGGGUGUUAAAAUGAAAUACAGGACGUUAUCGAUAGGAACGGGAGCGGAUAACGACGUUUGUUUGAGUAGUUACGGGUUUUGUAAUUACGUAUCACCCAAACACGCCGUUAUUUUUUACGACGAGAUGACGAAGCAUUACGAAUUAAUUAAUUAUUCAGAGCACGGAACACUUGUUGACAGCGUGGUUUACACAACUGAUUAUUCGGAUCGGAAAACUCCAAGAUUAGAUGCUAAGGUACCUGAAAAAAAUCCCCUGGCAAAAACUGUCAAGGAAAUUAUUGAUAGGAGGCGGGGCAUUAUCAGAAAUAGCGAAGACGCGGAUCGUGGACCUCCCUCGAAAAUGAUCUCGAGAGAACACCAGAAUCCCAGAAUAUGUUACUGCCAACCAAAUAAAUUAUCAAGUAGUUAUCCGGCCGGAUGGGAGGGAUCCGCCGUUUUGUAUCACUGUUCGUACAUAAAAUUCGGAUGUCUCCAAUUCGUUUUCAGCAUAGCAGACUACGCUCCGUCGUUGAAAAUCGAAAACAAAGAUUUGCCGGACGAGAAAGACGAGAGGCAAAAUUGGAAGAAAACGUGCAAGAAAAUCCCGGGGAAAUCGAAUCCGAAUCCGAACGGCGGAAAGGGUAGAAAAAUGAUAAACGAUAGAAAAAAUGAUUCGAGUCGGUCGAAUAGCGAAAACGGGACCGAGGGAAAAGAUGAUGAAACGACAAACGAAUUAGACAUAACAAACAUGGAAAUGGAUUUCGAAACGACGGAAAUAAAAUUAGAAAACGAAGACGAUUCGGGAUCAUCUAAAAACGAACAAUGA